ACAGCAGACUAUCUCUAUCUCUAUCUCUCUGUCUCUCCGAGGGGGAGGAGGAAGGAGGUAGCAGGUGGAGUCGCUGGCACGCUUUUGGAGCAGUGGGCCCGAUAAAGCGGAGUUUGUGCGCGCGUGGUCGUGCAGAAGGAUCGUGCCAUCGCUGCUCGUGCGUCAGACUGAGGAGCCGCUACAGCAGAUCAUGGAUGUAAUUGAUGGCAAGAAUCCUGGCCUAGUGUCACACAAAGGCUUCCUGGUGAUCAAAGGCCUUCAUGAUCCAGAUGCGGUUGACAUGAUUCGUAACUUGGAGAUAAAAGAAUCUGAUGUGUUGGUCGUCACAUACCCCAAAUCAGGGACCAUCUGGAUGCAACAGAUCCUGCUGCUGCUUGAGGCGAAGGGAAAUCUGACAGCCAUCAGCAAGCACAUCACAUUCUCCAACGCUGAGUUGGUCCCUUGGAUCGAGGUGCAAACAGAGGCAUUUAUCAAGUCUCGGUCACCACGGAUGACAGUCAGCCAUCUGCCGUUCUCGUUAUUACCUUCCGCCCUGAGCCAGAAGAAAGGCAAGGUGAUCUACGUGGCAAGAAAUCCCAAAGAUGUCCUUGUAUCUUACUUCCACUUCCAUAAGGUUGGAAACAUGUUGGAAACGCCGACGGACUUUGACGACUUCUUUGAAAAAUUCAUGAGAGGAGAUGUAUUUGCUUCCAGCUGGUUUGAGCACAUCAAGGCGUGGUACCUGCACAAGGAUGAUAUAAACAUGCUGUUCCUCACUUACGAAGAGAUGGUUAAAGACCUGCAUUCCGCAGUGGAGAGGGUCGCCUUGUUCCUGGGGUCAGCGCUGACCGACGAGCAGCUGGCCGAUGUAGUUAAACACGCCACCUUCAACAACAUGAAGAAGAACCCACAGGCCAACUACGAGCGAGUACCAGGUCGCCUGCUCAGCCACCACCAGGGCACAUUCUUGAGGAAAGGCACCAUCGGCGACUGGAAGAAUCACUUCACUGUGGCCCAGAACGAGAGGUUUGACGACACCUUCCACAGAGAGAUGGCAGACAUUCCUCUGGAUUUUAUCUGGGACAUCAAAGACGUUGCGUGAUCGGUUGUUUGUCGCAUGACAACAGGAAGGAGAAGAUGGUUGCAGCUUCAUGAACACCAGGCUCUGCAGAAAAAAUAAAACCCCUCUUUUCCGUCAGCAUGCCUGUGCUUUCCUGCAGUUUCACAGUGUUUCAUUUUAGUUUUCUUUGAUUAUCUUUGCAAAGCAGCAUUAAAGACAGAAUGUGUAAUUGA